GUGACUCUCUGGCCCGCCACGCCUCUACUCUCCUGUCCCGACUGACGUUGGGCAACAAAGAUGGCGGCGGGAACCAGCAAUUACUGGGAAGAUCUCAGGAAACAAGCUCGACAGCUGGAAAAUGAACUUGACCUGAAACUAGUUUCCUUCAGUAAACUGUGCACAAGUUACAGUCACAGCAACGCUCGAGAUGGAGGCCGCGAUAGGUAUAGUUCUGACACAACACCCCUAUUAAAUGGAUCAAGUCAAGAUAGAAUGUUUGAGACAAUGGCAAUUGAAAUUGAACAGCUUUUGGCAAGGCUUACGGGGGUGAAUGACAAAAUGGCAGAAUAUACCAACAGUGCAGGGGUCCCCUCUUUGAACGCAGCACUGAUGCAUACGUUGCAGCGACAUAGAGACAUUCUACAGGAUUAUACACAUGAAUUCCAUAAAACCAAAGCAAACUUUAUGGCAAUACGGGAAAGGGAGAAUCUCAUGGGAUCAGUACGAAAAGAUAUUGAGUCGUAUAAAAGUGGGUCUGGAGUGAACAACAGGAGAACAGAACUGUUUUUGAAAGAACAUGACCACCUUCGAAACUCUGACCGUCUGAUAGAAGAAACAAUAAGCAUUGCUAUGGCAACAAAAGAAAACAUGACUUCCCAGAGAGGAAUGCUCAAGUCAAUUCACAGCAAAAUGAACACUUUGGCCAACCGUUUUCCUGCCGUGAACAGCCUGAUACAAAGGAUCAACCUUAGGAAACGACGUGACUCGCUCAUCCUUGGCGCGGUCAUCGGCGUCUGUACCAUUCUGUUGCUGCUGUACGCACUCCACUGAAAGGACAGCCCCAGGACUCUGCCCACUGCCUUCAUGCCGUGCCCUGGAGUGGGGAAAUAAGGAAGGGAAAGACUGUCCUGGCCACAAGCCUGCCAGCCAGAUGAAUUCUAAUGCCACCCAUGACUCGGACCUGGUCAGACUGAGCUGAAGCCACAG